AUGGAUAGACUAAGAGAUUGUAUUGAGGAAAUGGUGAAGUUCACACUUACUCACCGUUCUGAACUCGAUCUAGAGCUUACCGGAGAUUUCUGCUCCGGUCUUCUCUCCGGCGACUCGCUUCUUCACGCCGAUGCAGAGAUUGUGGAAGCACUUAGAGGUGUUCCUGAGUAUCCUUUGUACAAGCGUAUAGCUUUAAGCUUGUUGAAUUCAAUUACUUUUGGUUGUUUCUGUGGAGCUUUUGAGAAGAUCUCGUUGGGGAAAGAGGUUAUUUGGUUGAAGGAGAAAGAGGAUGAGUGGAGCAAGAUGAUCAUCCAAAAGGGUUCUGAGUUAGUCAACGCCUUGGAGUAUAUAGCUUGUGAGUUUCAAGUUCAAGAGUCCUUACUCUCCCUCAUGAAAGAUGGUGUCAAAACAGUUGAGGCAAGGUGUUUUGAAGCUGAGUUUGAUAGACUUCAACAAAGAGGCUCUCUGGUUAUGAUAAAUAAAUGUCUCCUGUUUGAAGUUAUGGAAAUGCACAAAUACUCAUCUUUUUACGAGCUGUUAAAAGCCGAGAGUCCAGAGAAAGUCUUUCCAGGCACUAAUUCACUUGAAGAAGGUAUGCAAAUGUUUAAGAAGUGGGGUGAUGUUGAUCAAGAGAAGACCAAUGGUGUUGUGGCAGUUCAUCUUAGUAAAUCAGUUUCUCAGUCUUUUGUAGCUUUGUCUCACAUACUCUCUGGCUUGAAUUACGCGGGUGUGCAGAGCCUUCUGGGUCUUUCCCACACCACUGGAUCCAUUUCUCAUGCUCUGCCUCCUCCAAGAUCACUUCUACUCUCUUCCUUUAUGAUUCCAUAUAAACCAAAGAUAAAAGGUUGUAGAUUAAGCCAUGGAGCUAGAGCAUUAUCCAAGCAUGUUGAUCGAAGUAGCGAUAGGUUUUGGGGUGUGCUUUCUGGGUCCGACUCAGAUAAAAAUAGGCUUGCGAUGGACAUUAUCAAUAGCUUCAUUGGCCAAUGUUGCUGGAUGAACAUACAUAUAGUUCCACCACACGGGGAAGUAUUCGAGAUAAGAGUAGUUCAAGGAUAUGGAGCACGUUGGUGUCGAGAUGGAACCAAAUUCAUUGGAUUUCUUGAACCUUACAGUGAAGAUGGACACUCCAUGGCCUGGAAACAUUAG